AUGCCGUCAUUCAGAGGGGAAGAAAGAAAACUUGUGAACUUGUUCAGCGGCAAUUCACAGGCAUUGGGGACGGGAGCCACAGAGCCUCGAGUGAAAAUACACCAGGUGCCAACGAGGGCUGGAGUAGGGAGAGGCAGCCGCUCCAGCAGAUCCUGCCACUGCCGAGGAGUUCCUGCUCCCUUAUCCUUUCAAGGACAGCAGCUUCUAGGAUUGUUUGUGAAAGUGUGCAUACAAGCAAGAGGAUCCAAGACCUUCUCAGGCACAUUCUUUUCUCUGAAGCACUCAGUUUUCUCAAGCAGGACAAGUGCUCGUUUCGGCAAUUUUGGACAGACUGUUUUGGAGGAUGGGUUGGUUGUAGACGACCCCAGUUCUAUAGCUGUUUCUCUGCUUGAUGACCCAAAACGCCAAUUCCUUACACCUCUACAGAAUGUGUUUCAAAAGGCAAAUAAAAUCCUAGCUUUUCUGAACUCUCUGAAGAGGUUUACUCUGACUGCGGCUGAGCUGACCUUCAGAGCCCAUAAACUCAGGCUGCACUUUGACUCAGAUCUGUCAGCUGUAUUGAUAAUUUCAUCUCCCUGUUCCCCUUCGUUGCCCCAGGAUCUUGCAGCCAACAGAUGGAAAACACCUCAUUACAGCAAAGUAUACAAACCUGGGUAACCAACAAGCGUGGUAAGACCCUGUUAAUCACAGUUCAGUGUCUUGUGAUGAACCAAUCUUUCUUGCUAAAACAUCUGCUAGUAUCUGUGUAAAAUGAUGAGCAAUUAGAGCAGAAUGUCUUUGGGCUAAGAGCUUGCAAUGUGAGUGUUACACAAACUAAUUUAUUCUGAAGUCUCAGAUGUGACUAAUUGCAAUAUCUAAUGAAAAUCAUCUCUUGGACAUAGUUGUGGUUAUAUUAGGUUUUCGAAUACCAAUUAAAUUGCUCCAAGUUGAGGAAGGAAGAUGUAAGAUUUAGGAUGCAGAAGCAACCCAAAUUAAAGCAAUGUGGAUGUUUCAAAGGAAGAUACCUCUUUUCUCUGUCUGCUGAUACUGCUACUGAAGUUUCCAAGACGUUAGACAAACAAUGCCUGAGACACAAAGCAAUAUACAAGCAGGAGAUUAACAACCCAAAUUAAAGCAUCACUAAAACAGCAAUAACAUAAAGCCAAAGUCAUCUGAAAUUCAACUUACUUGAAAGGAAGUGGCUCAUCUGGUGAUGCAUUUCUCAUCUGGUUUUGCAGGUACAGGCUGAAGCAGCGAUUUGGUGUUAAAAUAAAUCUAACUUUAGCACUCUGUGUAUCAGGAUAAAAGUGCUGCAGCCACAUGCUGUAAAACACUAGUCUGACACAGAUCUACUCAUAGGUUCAAAUGCAUUUUAGCUGUUUUGCCAGCUGAACUUCAUGCUGGAAGGCUUCACAUGGGAUCAGACACCUGAUUAUAUCUGUUGUCCUGCAACUAAUGUAAAAGCAGCACAAACCUAUCAGGCAAUUAAAUCAAAUCUGUACCACAUAGCUGUUUCUGAGACAGACUGCUUUUGUAUUGGUGAUGUUUUGAUAGCACAGGUACCUGCUGUUAAUGUUUAGGGCCAGACUUUAUUGGUAUCAUUUUGCACUUGCCACAGUUGUGGGCGGUUUGGACAAAUAUGCCAACAGGCUUACCUGCCACUGAACAGGCUUACCAUCACCAUUUUACUGUGGUGCCUUUUUUUUUUCAUGCCAUCUUCUUGUUUGCCUGUUCCAAAUGUAGUAAAUACAACAUUACAAUAAAGUAAUGUGGGGUUUUGGGGUUGGUUUGCUUGUUUUUUACGGGUUUGUACUGAAUUAUAGAAUAAAUCUUGGGGAUUCUGUUUUCCUCUUAACUCUUCUUAAAGGCUGUUUAAUAUAUCCCACCCCAAAUAACCCAGAAUUAAAGCAAGAGAUGCAUGGUGUACCAAUAUAUCCAAAAGACGACAUUCAUUCCAAUGUAAAAUGAAUAGCAUUGUAUUAACGUUUAUUUCUAAUUACAAGAAACAGAAUAUCAGUCCCUUAUUUGUACAAAAAUACCUGAAAGAUUACAAUUAGGUUCACAAGCCAAAAAGCUAUUUACAGUAUGAAGCAAAGCAUAUUGAAUAAAGGUUUUGUCUCUUAAGUUAAUACCUUUUGCAUUCCCUGAAACUUUAAACUUUAUUCCAUUUUACAGUCACUAAAUCUUGCAUUGUGACAAUAUAAUUUACGAUAAGCAAGUCUUGCCACUGGAAAGGUGCAUUGAUUGGUCAAACUGUCAGGUAUUUAGUGCAGAAAAGAUAAGACAAAACAUCUAAACUGAGGCACGUGUUUCUUCAAGAUUAAUUAACAAAUAAAAAGUUUUUUGUACUUUAACACCUAUCGUAACAUAACUUAACUAGUAACCUCAUUACCAAAAUGGUUUGGCAUUUUCCUUCUCAACAUAUUCAAGAUUGCUACAUGAAGUAUUUAUUUAGAAAAUAAAAUCACAGGCAAAAAGAUAAAAAUUCAACAGGCUCCAAAACAACCCUGAGCAUCCCCUUUACAUUCAUGUCAUUUAAAUACAAAAAUAAGAGUCAAAUGUCCUUCAGUCCUUGGUAUUCUGAGCUGGCAGCCAGCUGAAUCUGUUGGAAAACUAAGGUGGUAUUGACUGUUUUCCAGCAGAAAGAAGACAAAGCAGUGAUCUGCUUAAGUAAGAUUGUUGCCACUUUGAAGGUGGUCACUUUCUCAAAACAGCUCACUUUAGCUGGGAAAAGUACAAAAUACUAAGUCAACCAUCUACAUACAAAAAUCAUGAUUCAUAGUCAAACUUUUAUUCUCAAUUUAAAUAAGAUGCAAGGUUUUUUUUUUUAUAAAUAUGAAACACUGCAAAUACUAUCUGCCUACUGGGAAAAAUGCAUGGUUGUCACUAAGCUAUGUAAACAGAAAAACUUAAAACUACAGUAUAAAUGGUCUUAUUAAACUGGUAAUGUAGUCAAUACAAGUAUCUUUUUUCUCCUAAUAGGGGCCAAAUAGAAGCAUGCAAAGUGAAGUCAGACUUAAGUUAGCUUAAUUUCAAGGUUUUAAAAUACAUUGUCUAGAAAGCAGGAACACUCAUUUCACUAUGUACAAUUAAAAAACAAAACAAAACAAAAAAGGCUUCUACUAAAAACAAAAUCAAGUUUCUUCAUUUUUAAUAUCUAGACAUUAAAUGGAAAAAAAAUACUAAAUGUGUUCUGUAAACUAAAAUACAGUGUUUCUAUACCAUUGACAUAGUUAUAAGCUGAUAUGGACGACUCAGGCAGGUUAUGGUUUGUCUUAAGCUAUUCUCAACACUACAUGAAGACCUAAAGGUAUAGGAUUGGUUUUCCUUCUUUACCCUUUCAGAUGGCUAGAAUUUUCAAACCCAGUGGCAAAUAUUAGUAAGGAUGAACUAGCCUGCGUAAAUCAUUUACCAUCUUAAGAACGCUCCGUUCUGCACUACACUCUGCAAGUUCCCAGGGUGGAAUACUUCUCGCUGUGGCUAACUGCAUGAAGUACUGGGAAGUCAACUCCGUAACAGCUCCUGCACCGACUGUGCUGCUGGAAGAAUGAUACUUGCAACUGGAGGAUCUUGGUGGGACUUGUCUAACUUUAAUACUGAUUCAUCAUCAGAAAGAGUUACUGUGUAAACAUUAAAUAACUGACUUAAACAUUAACAAUAAAGUAAUUCUGAUGACAAACCAGCACUGGAGCAGGACACAUCCUUGUCUGCCAUAGGUACUGGCGUGCUUUAGCAUAUAUGACACAGGGAUCACCAGUUACCUCGAUGGAUGGCAUUGCCAGCAGCUAGCUCACAAUGAAAUGUGUUUCCAUUCCCAGAAUGUUCUUUCUCACUGUGUAAACUUUCAUGGCCCAACAGAAAGCAGCAGGGGUACAGUUCUUUUUAUGCCCUAUUCCCCAGGAGAGCUUGGUGUCACUGUAGCUUUACUAUAUGGAAAGAGCUCUUUGAAACAGUCUGCAAAUUCAAGGAGCUAUAAAGCUAAAAACACUGGUUUUUCGUUUGUGGGUUGUUUUUUUUUGUUUUUGUU